AAUGCGGUGUUGGUGUCUGCAGUAUUCCGACUCCUGAACACUGGUGGCUGCAAGCUGCGAUUUUGGCGUCCUCUCAUUUCCUAUCCUUAUCUCCGCCCGCGGCUGCGUUGGCCAGCUAGCUUUUGAUUUUUGUAUCUAUUCAUUGAUCAAUAAAGCAACCUAAGGAAAUAUAGGACACGAUUACCUCACUGCCAGCUCUGGCCCUGGGCUUGUACAGGGAGCUCAGGGUCUCUGCACCAGUGGGCUGCAGAAACUUAGUCAUAGCACCCUCAGUCCCUGAGGUCUGAAGCUCGCCGCUGCGCAUUCUCCUCCCUGGGAACGUGACCCCAGCACCCGACGCAGAGAUGCCAGCCCACAUACUGCAAGAGAUGUCUGGCUCUUACUCAGCCACCACCACAAUCACAGCGCCCCCCUCUGGGGGACAGCAGAAUGAAGGAGAGAAGUUUGAAAAGAAUCCUCACCACUGGGGAGCAGAUGUUCGCCCCGAAAUAAAAGAUGACUUAUAUGACCCCAGCUACCAGGAUGAGGAGGGGCCCCCGCCCAAGCUGGAGUACGUCUGGAGAAAUAUCAUCCUCAUGGCCCUGCUGCACUUGGGGGCCCUGUACGGGAUCACACUGCUUCCCUCCUGCAAGGUCUACACCUGCCUCUUCGCAUAUUUGUACUAUGUCAUCAGUGCCUUGGGCAUCACAGCCGGGGCUCAUCGCCUGUGGAGCCACCGGACUUACAAGGCGCGCCUGCCGCUACGGCUCUUCCUCAUCAUUGCCAACACCAUGGCUUUCCAGAAUGAUGUGUAUGAAUGGGCCCGAGAUCACCGCGCCCACCACAAGUUCUCAGAAACACACGCCGACCCUCACAAUUCCCGGCGUGGCUUUUUCUUCUCUCACGUGGGCUGGCUGCUUGUGCGCAAACACCCGGCUGUCAAAGAGAAGGGUGGAAAACUGGACAUGUCUGACCUCAAAGCUGAGAAGCUGGUCAUGUUCCAGAGGAGGUACUACAAGCCUGGCCUCCUGCUCAUGUGCUUCAUCCUGCCCACGCUGGUGCCCUGGUAUUGCUGGGGUGAAACUUUCGUGAACAGCUUGUGCGUCAGCACCUUCUUGCGAUAUGCUGUGGUGCUCAAUGCCACCUGGCUGGUGAACAGUGCCGCUCACCUCUAUGGAUAUCGCCCCUACGACAAGAACAUUAGCUCUCGGGAGAAUAUCCUGGUUUCAAUGGGAGCUGUGGGCGAGGGCUUCCACAACUACCACCACGCCUUCCCCUACGACUACUCUGCCAGUGAGUACCGCUGGCACAUCAACUUCACCACAUUCUUCAUCGACUGCAUGGCUGCCCUGGGCCUGGCUUAUGACCGGAAGAGAGUGUCCAAGGCUGCUGUCUUGGCCAGGAUCAAGAGAACUGGAGAUGGGAGCUGCAAGAGUGGCUGAGUUUGGGGUCUUUCAGUUUCUGUUCCAAAAGCCAGCUUGGCAGAGGCUUAAUGUUCUGUUAAUUAACUACUGAGUAUUGCUACCCAGAUGCUAAAAUGAUGACGUUAACCCAUUCUGGUACAGUAUUGUAAAAUGGACAAGUAUCGGAGGUCAACAGCUCUUCCCUUCCGAUGCUAAGCUGAUCUUCUCUUCUCUUUUCGUUGUCUUUUUCUUUGCUUUGUCCCUGUUGACCUCAUUUCUCAUCGCCUCCCAAGCCAGCCGCUGCUCCACCGUAGGUCAGUGUUCACCUUCCAAAGCAUACCAACUUUCCAAGGGUCUAAAAGUAAAGGUUUGUGCCCCACCCCCAACUCUUAAGCUGUUCUGAGUUAGAGAUACAAGAAAAUCUGCAGAGAUUUCUCCUGUUAUUUUUAGCCCAGGCUUUGCCAGAUGGAGUGGAAGGUAAAUCGUAAGGGGCCAAAUUCAGCAUGCAGGCUGUGAUUCAUCCAAGAUGUGGGAGAGGGGAAUCUUGUGUGAUCAGGCUCAGCUGUUGUCUCGCAGAGGCAGUGGAGCCUUUCCACACAGCAUGCCUCCUCUCCUAAUUCUGAGUAGGUGACAACCAUGGGACUUGGUGACAUUGGAGUACAAGUAACACAUAUCAGUAUCUCAGUGUAGUUUAGGCUGAAGAUUAAAAAAAAAAAAGUAAAAAACUGUAGGGAAAGUGGUCUCUACUGAGAAAAAAUUUCUUCUCCUUUAAUAAUAAGGACAUGGGGCCAGGCGUGGUGGGUGGCAUAUGCCUUAAAUCACAGCACUUGAGAGGCAGAGGCAGGUGGAUCUCUUGAGUUCAAGGUCUACCAGGGCUAGUUGGUGAGACAUCAAAUAAAUAAAUAAAAAGUGAUUAUAAGGGCAUGAGAGCCAGAGGUCUUUGGGUGAGGCAUGCUUGGAAUUGAUGAGGACAGUCACUCAUAGUUUUUGAGCAUUCUGUGAGUUGCACGCCCAACUUCUAAUUCCCGUUCUUCCGUCUGGUUGCUCCCAUAAAUUAAGGAUGGCUGUGGCAUUUCUACACAUUGAACAAUGGAAGCAUUUUAAGAGUUGAACUUAAGCCACACUUAAAACUGAAGAGACAUAAAGUCUGCCCUGGAACCUGCAAAUACUCAGAGUGCUUCCCUCCGAAAAGGAGACGCUGAACGUGUUGUCUGUUCCUCCCACUGUUGGGCAGCAGGUGGAGAAGUUGGAAGGCAUUGUAAGGCAGCUCCUAAUAACUUUCCAGAGGACAGCUGCUGGGGACACAUUGCCAGGGGGCUUCAAAGUUUUGGGGUGUUCUAGUGAAACAGGUUAGAUGGUAGCUCUUCGCUCUUUAUCGUAAGGCUCCCUUACAGUACUGACUCAUGCCUCAUUGGCUCUUUGGCCAUCCAGCCUACAUGGAGGACUCUGUCUGUGACACAUGGCCCAAAAUCUCUUAGCUCUACCGCGUCUGCCUCUUUUUCCUACCCAUUUUUGUGGUUUGGGUUGUGUGUUUGUUUGUUUGUUUUGUUUUUCUUUCCUCUUUGACAUUUAGUCUUGCUCUGGGCAGAACUGUCCUGUGUAUUCACAGGCGGUAAAUGUGCAGUCCCAGCGGCUUCUCGUUCAGAGAUAGGACGCUGUAUCAGUAGUAAGGAGAGCUGGCUGUCCCCCUUCCAGUGACUUCAAAUCCUCCACCUCUGUCCCUUAGGCUUCUGACACUCUGGGAACUGUAAAGAAAAAGGUUGGCAAACUUUCUAGAAACAUCCCUGACUCAGAGAGGCUCUUUUUCUCGUGAGUCAUUCCAAAACAAAUAGUCCUGUUGUGCCAGUGUGCCGGGGAAGGGCGAGACACAGUUCCUGGUUUUUAGCCGCAAUGUGAGUCAGGGCAGAGCAUGCUCAGUGCUCCCCCACAUGUUCAGUAAAGCUCCUUGGGCUCCUCAGUACUCCUGGGCGACAUGUUGGCUAA